AUCGUAUUAAAACUACUUCUUUCUCCUUCUACAACUUUCCGGAACAAGAAUUUGAACAAAAUUCCCAAACGAACAAAUUUCUUCCAACUCAAACCGCAGCGAUGAACCCUUCAAACACUGACAAGAUUAUCAGGCGGACAACAAUGGUGGCCACUCUUACCGCUUCUUAUUUUCUUCUCACUGCUGACUACGGUCCUGGACCGAAUGCCCUUGACCCGAUCAAGAAUGCAAUAUUUUCAGCCCAAAGUUCCGUGAAAGACUUCAUUAUUGGACCAAAGAGGGAGGUUCAGGAAAGUGAAGCUAAGAAUUUGGCCCCUAGUGCUGCAGAGAAACAUCCAUAGUUUAUCUCAGAAGAUUUCAAUCGGUUCUGAUGCAGGAAGCUAUGAUAAAGUUGCAAAUAGGAAGACGUUUUGUAAUUUCAGACCUCACUAAAUUGUCUUCUCUCAACCUUCUUUGUAUAUAUGCUUGCACGUGUCAGCAUUAGUUCAUUCAAAGAAGUAUCAAGUUCUGAUUAAAGGUUUAUACAGGAAGCAUUUCACACUUAACUGGAAAUCUGGAAAUAUCUCAGAUGUUUUGACGAUACUAAUUUCCGUAAAUGUGAAUGUGAGACGGUUUGUUUAUAAAAUUAUUAGUAGAUUUAUUUGUUAAAUAAACUAUGCAUCUGCCUUGACUUGAUGGA